AUUUCACCGGAAGUCGGGCGAGUCAGUACGUGGCGGAGGCUGCACUUGGGCGGUCCUACGUUCUUUCGUGCCGUUGUAGAGCUGCUGUUUGUGUGUUAAGAGUAUCCGAGUUACUGCGUGCAAAAUUUAUCUCAUAACGCAAGAUAAUACAAUGUCCAUGUCGGGCGAAUUCGGAAACCCGUUGAGGAAAUUCAAGCUCGUCUUCCUCGGCGAGCAGAGCGUGGGCAAAACCUCGCUUAUCACUAGGUUUAUGUAUGACUCCUUCGACAACACCUACCAGGCGACCAUCGGCAUCGACUUCCUGUCCAAAACUAUGUAUCUCGAAGAUAGAACGGUACGGCUCCAGCUCUGGGAUACUGCAGGCCAGGAAAGGUUCCGCAGCCUUAUUCCCUCAUAUAUCCGAGAUUCUACAGUAGCUGUUGUUGUGUAUGAUAUAACAAAUGCAAAUUCCUUCCACCAAACCUCUAAAUGGAUAGAUGAUGUGCGAACAGAGCGAGGCAGUGAUGUAAUCAUCAUGCUUGUAGGCAAUAAGACUGAUUUGUCAGAUAAGAGACAGGUCUCCACGGAGGAAGGUGAACGAAAAGCAAAGGAGCUUAAUGUUAUGUUCAUUGAGACUAGUGCGAAAGCAGGAUACAACGUGAAGCAGCUGUUCCGGCGAGUUGCUGCCGCUCUGCCAGGCAUGGAGCCCACCGACAACAAGAAGGUUGACACAGUCGACCUGCGCCCCCAGCCCCCCCCACAGGAGCAGCAACAGGACCAGGAGGGCAGUGGGUGUAUAUGCUAGGAUGCGGCCUUCAUGCUCUAGUCUCUCCACGUGUCCUCACACUUCUAUCCUCCCCCCAAGCAAGACUACCACAGCAUCCCAUGUUGAUAUUGUUGUUUCUCUGAUGCAUUUGCUGUAGUUUGUAUUAUUAUUAUAUAUAUUUUUUUAUCCUUUUUUAUUUUGGUAAGUGGAUUUUGUUCAUUAAUAUUUAAUUACAUAUAUGUAUGUUUAUAUAUAUAUUUAUAUAUAUAUAAUAUAUGUAUAUUUUUUUAUUAUUAUUAUUUAUUAUUAUUAUUAUUAUUAUUAUUAUUAUUAUUAUUAUUGCACGAGACCAAGUCAGUAAUUUGAGUAGUUUUCCUUCCAAGGCUGUUGUCCUUUCAUCAUUAUCCAAAGUGGUAUUUAUCGCCUAACUGUUGGUGCUAUUUUUUUUUCUUACUUUCUUUUUUCAUUAUUAAACAUCUUCAGACUCAGUUUCUCAAAUGAUAUUCAAUAGUUGCCUUAAAAAUGACCCUUUAAUAUUUAGGGGGUUCUGUUUUAAGGUGUCUGUUAUAUACUUUGUUGGCAUUUUUUCUUCACAUUGGGUGCUAUGUGUUAUUGUAAAAGAAAUGACAGAUUUCUUUCUUGUCUAUUGCAUUUUGGUAUGAAAUAUAUGUUUAAAAAAAUGUUAAUGUAUAUACUAUUCUUUUUCAUACACUUCUUUGACUUGUAAGUCUGUGUAGAUUCACUCCCCUCCCUCCCUAUUUUUUCUUUAUUUGAAUUGUUGAUUUUUUAAAGAUUCUUUUUGCUGGCAUAGUUUAUCUUGAGUUUCAGUUUUGAACGUCAAAUUACGUGAACUUGUUACUUUUUCCUUUGUAUAUUUAACCCCUCCAGGAAGCACUCUUUGGUCACAACUGAUGCUAACAGAAGAAGGGCCAUGACAUGUAAUGACAAAUGUGUUAAAACUGGCUAAUAGUUAGGACUGGUGUCUGCAGUGACUGCCUCCAAAAUCUCACAACGGGAACACCAGAAGCAGCACCUUCAGGAAUCCAGCCUGUUGCUUGCAUGUACCAAGAGCUGUUCUUUGUACCAUUGAGAUCUGAGAAUUGUCAAAAACAGUUCAUUGUGGCAGGUUUUAUGUGGAGAAAUAUGGAAAAAGGAAAAACAGAAGAGCAAUCAUUGGACUCCUGACUGACCAACACUCUAUGAUUAACUUUUUUUCUUUUUUCUUUCACUUUUAUUUGUACUUUGAUUUACUCGUAAUUUGAAAAUAAAACUUUCUCAAGAGAAAAAGAAUGCAUACUCUACCUAUUUUAUGAUAAAAACUAUAAUAUUGGCACUUAUUAUCAUCAUAUUAUUGCAGUUAUUAUAAUUGUCAUUAUUUUUUGUUUAAAAAUUUAUCUUUCUUAUUGAUAAAAGUGAGAGGCAGCCCCUUCACUGCACGGGAGAAACUGGAGCAUAAUUGAUAUACUGUAAGGAUUUGGGGCUUUGAAGGAGCCUCAUGACAGACACUUGCUCCUCUAAGGGAAGCAAGUCUAUUUAAAUUCCACAAACUUACUUUAUUCUUAGGUUUUCAUAAAUUUCUACAUUUUUGCAAAUUUUGACUAAGGCUGAAACACACCAGAUGACUAACAGAAAAUUGUGAUUUCAGUAAUAUAUUAAGCUUUAAUGUUCUAUUUAUGGGCUAUUGCACUCUCCUAGAUUCCAUAACUAAGUAGUAACUUUCAUUCCUGUACAAAAACUUGCAUAUAUCUAUCUAUGUGCCUAGGAUUUGUUCAUCUUGGAAUUGGCUCAAUUGUACAUUCUGUAAGAGAGGCAUAACCUAACCAUGUUUUAUUACCUCCAGAGUUGUUUAAUUGACAGGCUUUGAGGACAAAGACCUGUAGUGUCAAGAAACUGUGUAAUUGUUUUAUAAGAAAUUGAUGUUGCUGUUGGUUGUGUGGACACUUAAAUCAGAAACUCACUAAUGAUAACAACACUUGUGAAGUGCUCAAUUCUCAUUAUUGUUUUACUGUGACAAUUGUUCCAGCAGCAACAUGACAACCUGUGAUUGCUUUGGAUAGCACUCAUAAUUUUUACCAGUAUGCCAGAGAGGUUCAGGGGCUGACCUUCCACGGCAAAAAGUUUAAUCGGUUUGCUGUCACCAUCGCAGAGCUGAGGUGGCUUUUUUGAACAACUCUUGGUAAAUUGUUAGCAGUGAUGAGUGUUACCUUGUUUGUGUGUAUGUGCUCCCACAACUUUUGUUGGGGGUACUGAGGGAUAGUGAAUGAUUCAUUAUGAUUGGCUGUUGUCUUCCUGUUAUGACCAAACAUCUCCCUCACGCCUCAAACAUUGGACUGUGGAAAUAGAGUAGAAAGCACUUGGCUUCAGCAUUUUCAAUAGCAGAGCUUCUAGGUGUUAGCACAUACAUUCCCAAAUGUUGUAGAAAAUCAAUACACUUGCAUUGUGUGAAGAAUACUGCUUAUUCAUGAUCAUAAAACUCUUACUUAGAAUAUUAACUAGGUUACUUUUAAAAGUAGGACAUGACCACUACUUAAUAAACAUUGCUCGCUUCUUGGAAGUAUACAUUAAAAUAUUUAAUAUAUCUUGAUAUAUGUAGAUAACCAAGCAGAUAAAAGGUUGUAUCUUGAAUUAAGGGUCCAGAUAGAUUAUAUAAGGGUAUUUCACCAAGAAUGGACUCCUAAGGAAGAAUUGAAAUCACUUUAAGCAGAAGAGCUAAAAGGCACUCAGCACACACAUCUUGCCCAUUGGUGGGUUAGCAAAUACAUAUAUAUCUAUCUAUAUACAAAUGAUCAAUUCUCUGACGGAUCCUCUUUUUGACGAAAUAUUCUCAAAAGUGGCUUUAACCGGUUCAACCUUCUAUUUAUUUGCAAUAGUAUUAGUAAUGUGUUGCUAGCUACCCAUUUCUGGUAACCUUUCUCCAAAGUACAUUUGAUUCUGUGGAUUGUCAGAGCCCUGAAGCUGCAUAAGUGCUUUCAAAUAGAUGUACCUGUAACAAGGUAGGCAAUACAAACCUGUUAGGGUUUUGGAAAAUUUUUACAGUUGAUUUGGGAUUAUGGACUUCUGGGAUACUCACUUGCAUUUUAUGUACCUAUCUCCAUCAAAACUGAGCUGUUAUAUCAUCUCUCAGCUGUUGGUAAUCUGCUUAUUGCCAGGUGUGUAGUUCUGAAUAUAAGUAAAGAUGUUUUUCAAGAGAGAGGUUUCUUUCUUUUAUGACACAAUGCCCAUAAAUUUUGUUCCUUGCACAUGGAUCUGGAAAUGAAAAUAGAGAAUAGAAAUAAAAUACAUGAAAAAUGAAAAGGAGAUUCAAAUUGUGCAGCUUUACAUGCCAUGAAUAAGGAAGUUAUAGUUGAUGAACCCAGCAUCACCUCCCAAACUAUAUAUCAAAAGUGCUGAGUGAAUCAUAGCUCCACUGGACAGUGUUACAGUGCAUUUCAGUUUGCUGAAGGCUUUAGAAUUUAUGCAAAGGAAACCAUAUUGCUUGUUCUUGACUAAAACAGAUGUAUUUUUUCCAAACGAAGGUAAUGCCCCAGAGAUUUCUUUCUCAAGAUAGCCUAAUAGUCUGCAAUAUCAUUAAUGAUUUGAUUCAGAUUGGAUCAUGACAACUAUUUAAAAAAUGUUAACAGAAGGUAUAUCAGCUUUUAUCACACCAUAGCACACUUUGGUUUGCUUUCACUGUUCAUAGUAAAUUAUAUAUGCAAUAUUGUAGGAAUAAGUUCACACCAAAAUUAUUUUUCCCAUGGAGAUUUCAAGGAUUUACAUCUCCAUUUUACAAAUUAAUGUGUUUGGAAUAGCACUGGGAAGUUAUUAAUUUGAAGGAAGCCUGUUCUUUGAAAUGAAUGUGGAUAUUGGAUAAAAUAAACCAACAGUAAUUUUUCGAAAAAGUUUUGAAAAGCUUAUAAAAUUCAAAAGUAUUUGCUAAAUAUUGUUGACUAAUUUGUGUUUUCUUUUAAAUUGUUUGUGAAUAUUUUCAGCAACGUAUUGGUAGAUUUAUAGAGGGAAAAAUUAGCUCUUAUCAAUAACCUUAACAUUUAUUUACCUAUGGUAAUGUGAACUGUUGCACUUGCCUGCAUAUUGAGAUUAUUAUGCCUUUACUUUUUUUGUUACGUAGAUUUUUUCCUUUUUACUUUUGUUUUUAAGUUGACAUUCCAUGCGAGAAUCUGCACAUUAGAAAUGAUAGGGCAUAUUUUGCACUGCCGUCAAAGUGUUUUAUAUAGUUAUUUUUAGAAGAAAUGAAUGAGUGUGAUAGUAUGUGUAUAUACACAUGUAGAGAUAAGUAGAUAUCUAUUUAUCUCGGAAAAUGGCAGCAUAACUGGAUAUUUGUGAUUAUGAAGAUGUAAAAAAAUAUAUAAUAGUUUUGAAAUGCUAUUACUUCAGUACAAUUCAUUUCAGCAUUUAAUGAGAGAACUGCAUAUAUAUGAUUAAGUUCUACCAGGAUGUAAAUACGUCCAGUUGUGUCUGAUUUGCUCAGUGCUAAGUCAAUGGCCUUGCAACUUAAUAUUAGAGGAAAAAGAAAUGAGAUACUACAUUUUUUUAGGAGUCAUUUUAUUUUCUUCAGUUAUCUAUCAUACAGUUACUGAUAUAUCUUGGAAGAUAUGUACAGUAAUGAUAUUUGACAAUCAGUGAUCAUAGAUAUGCGGAAAUCAGCCGUUUUGAAAGCACAGUACUAAUUGAACACUGCUAAAAGUAUGCGUUGUAUAAAACAGGAAAAUAAACAGAUAGUGUGAGGUUGAGUUUAGUGUGAAAACUUUUGUUAAUCAUUUUGCCUAAACUGUGGGGAAUUUAGAGCAUGACCUUUAGAUAAGAAGCAACAAAAACUAUGAAGGAAGUAACUUGUAAUUGUAAAAAGGAAAUGUAAUACUUGGGAAUCUUCAAGGAAAUCAUUACACCAUACAUUUUUUUUUAUAAAAUAAAGAAUACUUAGUAUUUACCCAAAGCUCAUGUUGAUACAUUUCAGUUUCAUAUCAGACUUGAAUGUGUAUUAUACGAAGUAUCAAGGACUAGAAGUGAUGUAAAUAUCAAAAGUUUUUUUUUUUCUGAAAAGAAAAAUUAGCACAUCGCAAAUGUUGCUCCUCCCCCAUCCCCGUCGAUAUUACAGUUAAAGUUACUUUCCUUUUGCAACACCCUGUUUGUGACAUUGCAGAAUAAAUUGUGAGAUUAUGUU